UCUAUGCCGGAUCAUCCUUAUAACCGAUGUAAAAUUUUUCAUACACUACCCUAAAACCCUUUUAUCGAUUCAUUUCUCUCUUUUGUGCCUUUCUCUCUAUUAUCCCUUUGUCUCUUUUACAACAAGAUGCAACGAUGCUCAUGAUUUGGGAUGCAUUAUAAGGUCUUCGCAUUUGUGUUUUAGAUGAUUUCAGUUUGGAUGGAAUACUAUAAUCCAUACAAGUCUCUAUUUUGCAACGGAGAGAGAGAAAUAUAGAGAGAGAGAGUGAUGGAGGAGAAGACGGAGAAGGUGAACGGUGAGGCGUUGCAGAUAAUCGAAGCGUUUGAGAUUCUGCCAAAGCUCGUGGUUUUCGAUCUCGAUUACACUCUUUGGCCUUUCUACUGUGAGUGUCGAUCGAAGCAUGAAAUGCGCUCUCUGUGUCCUCACACCAAAGGCAUAUUGUUAGCGCUCAAAGAGAAAGGCAUCGAUGUUGCAAUCGCUUCUCGCUCACCAACUGCUAACCUAACAACAGUUUUCCUCAACAAAUUGGUCCUCUCCUCACUCUUCGUCGCACAGCUGCAGUUGAAGCACUGUGAAGAUGUUGGAGAAAGUGGAAGAGUUUAACAUGGAGAGAGUGAUAGAGGAAUUUGAGAGGGUGACAAAGGAUGCUAAGAGGUUCAGGAAAAAACAUUUAUACAUUUGGAAAAUUGAAUGGAAAAAACAUUUAUACAUUUGGCUCGGUGCACACGCUGCCAAAGGGCCAGUUCGGCCUUUGCGACGCCCCCUUUAGUUGAGGCUGUAACCGUACUGUUUCAGGGCCUGUUGAGGGGAUCAUGAUUGCUCACUCGGGUCGUUCUGUAGUGACGCUUUUCAGGUUUGGGGAAACUGCUAUGAGCCACACUAAAACCA